AUGAGGCGUUUUCUGAAAACUCAGUGGACACGGGAAGGUGCCAAAAGAUGGAUAGCGUUACCUUGGAAAUCAUCCAUUCCGCCUAGGGAUGAUCUGCGUUGGGAGGGAAUUGGGAAUUGCGUGGUUCAACAGGCCCUGGCUUCAGACACAGGCCGCUUGGCGUUUGAAGAAUGCUCUAUUGCCAGACAACAACUAGAAAUUCUUGUUCAAUCUGCGGGAUAUGACGCGAAUGUUUUCGUGUUUGGUGGAUUGGUGGUUUUGGGUCUUUUGGAAGUGGGAGGAGAUGUGGAUUUUGUGGGUGUGAUGGACGUUGAGCCUGGAAUUGGCGAAGCAGGUGAAAUUGUAUCUCGUUUAUCAAGAGAAAUGCGACGUCUUGGUAUGAAAAGUAGUGCGCUACCAAGAGCCCGUGUUCCUGUUAUAAAAGCUGAUCGGGUAAGUAAGUUGCUUCCUGGCACACCGCUUCAUCAUUUGUCUGGCUGUGGAUUAUUUCAAUUUACACGGCAGCUAAAUGAGACUGAAACCGAAACGUUCAGGACGCGCAUGCAAGAGAAUUAUGCUGCCACUCACGUUGACUGGAAUAACAAUCAUCAGUUUGCAACGAUCGAAUUUACGUCUACAACGGCGCUUAUUUCUGCGCUAACGCAGGUUAAGCGCCAUGAAGGCAUCGAUAUUCCUCUUCGCCUUCCGGUUGACCCACGAAAUGGACCAGAAAUUUACAGACUACCGUUUGAUUUUUGUUUCUCCUCUAUUGGCCUGAGAAACUCGUACCUUUUGAGUAAUACUCUUUCAAAUUAUGAAUUUUCCAGACAUUUACUUUUGUUGAUAAAAAAAUGGGGUCGAAGUAGCGGAGUUAUCAACUCGAUAGAUGGUCUUCUUGCUAGUUACGCCUUAACUGUGAUGUGUGCUCACUUCUUGAUCAAAGUUGGAAAGCUGCCUAAAGUAUCAACGCUACGUUCUACAGAUGAGCCACAGCUUCUUCCAUUUUUUCCCGAUUAUCGUCCACUUCAUGAUGGUAAAGGCUCUGACCUUGCAGAGCUCGGAUUUUUAACUGCAGCCUUUUUUGAAUACUACGGUCACAUUUUCGACUACGAAAAAAGUGUCGUUUGCACGACAAAUAUGAAUCUUCUUAAGAAAACAAUGCGAUGGGAAAAAUCCCCCGGUCUGGAAACUGGACGACCACCAUUUUUUGAGUUUGCCAUCAAAGAUCCUUAUGGCUUGGAUAGUAUAGGAAGAAAUCUUGAUCGCGAGGCCACUGAAUACGUUCGAGAUGCUCACGCUGGCGCCCUAAGGUCUCUUCUUGAGGGAAGAAAAGACCCAGAGUUUGCUAUCAAUACCAUUACACAAUCCCCACCACGGCCAUAUAGAAAAAAUCGUACGUUGGCCUCGAGGGGCAUUGCCUCUAUAAAUUGCUCACCUGACCAACUGGAGGCUCAUCACAUGCUAAAAAAGAUGGAAUUUCAUGAGCGUAGAAAAGACAUGGAACGAUUUGGUCAAAGAACUGUGAGACGCACAGAGCAACAACGUGUUGUGUCAAAUGUCGCCAAUGACGUUCUUGGUUGGAUACGCAGCGACGACUCGCAAUAA